CCCAGGCGGGCCGGCCGCCGGGGAGGGAGCUCCCUGCUGAGUGCGUCUCGCUCUAUUUUUACGUGAAACUGUAGGUAGCUGGCAACAUCUAUUGUCCCUUGUGUUACAGGCAAAAACAUCCUUUUAAUAGGCAAGGACAGCUUUUUUUUUUUAAGCUCCCCUGUUGCUUCCGAUCCUCCCUAUCCUGGUUGAGAAGGACACAGUAUGGCUGUCUCGUACAUUCUGCUUAAAGCCCCAUUACAAAUGGUCAUUUAAAAUAUUUACUCAUCCCAGGGUACCUCUAGGUAUUUCUAAGGAUUAAAAAUAGCCAUCACUGCUUUAAAAUGUUUAAAAUGUAAGUUUCAUGCAGGUGUGUUUUACCACACAAAACAAAGCCAACUGAAUUCCCUUCUUGAGUCUCUGGAACAUGAGUAGUAAAUAAACGUUGGAGACCAAGCAGUAGCUUAACCUCAGAGAUCAAAGGUUGUAACUGGAGGCAGUUAACUUCCGUGCUUUCAGUUGCGUUUAACCCUGAAGGCCACGGAGUCUCAGGCACUGAAGGGGCCAAAGGAAGUGUCCUUCAGCCUGUGAGGAAAGGCGGCUGGGGCAGAAGCGAGGCCAGGACUCCUGACUAAGGCUCCCGGUCCCCAGCUGCCCACACUUCCCUCCUCUGUAUGCACUUAAGCCGUCGCUCUGCUCGGCCAUCCAGGAGCUGGCGGAGAUUCAGCAUGUUGUGGGCUCUUCCCCAGUCUCAAGCUGUGUUCCUAGAAAUGUGCCAACUGCACAAGUUACCGAACCUUUUUAUGAGGCUCGUUUGCUCCCAAAGGACUAAAUGUUAUUUAAAAACUAAUUACACCUUGCUGUUUACAAGCAAUCGUAUUGAACAAUACCUUCGCAGGGUUCUAAGCCUGGUUUCCUACAUCCAACCCACGGGUAGCAAAUUUGAGUCCAGGGAGCUCUCGGUUGAUGUGCAGAUUAAUGGCCGUUUGGCAUACUAAGCGAUUCUCAUCUGUUUCAUUUUGGUUGUACUUGAGACCUGCCAUCUUAUCACUGGCCGUGGUUUCUCGCUCGGUACAUUGGUAAAGGCAGUAUUUGAAAACACGCCGAGGAAGCGUCUCUUUGUCAGCCAGCAUCUCGGUGCCCCCGACAGUCAGAGCUCACCUCUCAGGUGUGUUGAUUGCAGCGGUCUGUCCUUUGCAAGGACAGGCUUAGAAUCGCGGAGGAGAAGAGCCACCAGUUGGAGUGCUUGAUGCAGUUGGUGCGAGCUGGAGCCACGCUGGAUGUCUCCACCACGCGUUACGCCCAGACCCCAGCCCACAUUGCCGCCUUCGGGGGCCAUCCCCAGUGCCUCGUCUGGCUGAUCCAAGCAGGAGCCAGCAUUAACAAACCGGACUGUGAGGGCGAGACUCCCAUUCACAAGGCGGCUCGCUCUGGGAGCCUGGACUGCGUCAGUGCCCUGGUGGCUAACGGGGCUCACGUCGACCUGAGAAAUGCCAGUGGCCUGACGGCGGCAGACAUUGCUCAAACCCAGGGUUUCCAAGAGUGUACCCAGUUUCUCUUGAACCUCCAGAACUGUCGUCUGAACCGUUUCUAUAGCAAUGGCACCUUAAACGGGGGCCAUCCGGGUGUAUUUCCCAACCACGUUAGUGUGGGAACAAAUCGCAAGAGAUGCCUGGAAGAUCCGGAGCCCUUUGGAGUGAAGAAAGCUAGAACCGCAGCUCAAAGCUCGGAUGACUCCAUGCCGCUCCUGAACGGCGAGGUGGAAGACGAGGCUGACAAGAUGCACGUGGAUAGAGAGUUUGCCGUCCUAACAGAUGUGAAAAGCAGUAGCUCCGUAUCGAGCACAUUGACAAAUGGAGGUGUCCGCAAUGGCCAUUUGGACUUCCCCUCCACGACACAGCUCAGUGGGACGGAGAGCAGGAGUGACCAGUGCUUAGCAGGACCUGGUGGCAUUGGCAGUGGAUUAGCUCCAGCACCGCCUUUCCCAAGUAGCCAGGGUUCUCUCUGUGUUCACGGGACCGAAGAGCCAGCAAAGAGCUCGGGCGUGAACCCCGAGAUGUGCGGGUCCCUGCACCUGAACGGGAGCCCGAGCAGCUGUGUGGCCAGCAGGCCUUCCUGGGCGGAGGACCUCGGGGAGAACCUGCGCUACGGCCACUACCACGGCUUCGGGGACACGGCUGAGAGCCUCCCCGAGCUGAGCAGCGUGGUCGAGCACUCCAGCUCCGUGAAGGUGGAGCAGGGGUACGACAGUGCCGUCCUGGGCACCAUGCACCUCUUCCACGGCUCCUAGGGCCCGGGCCGCCUCCCGGGACGCAGCAGUCCUGCCGCCGAGCCGGUCCAAGUCCGAACACUAAGCAGCGGUGCCCUGCAGGGUCGCCAGGCCCUGCGCUGUGCUGACACUUGAGCCCCGCCCUGGCCCUUCUCUCUCGGGAGCCCGGGCGGGGGGCCUCUUUCAGGGUGCCCUUGGGACCUCAUCUCUCCCCUGCCAGCCUCGAUGAGUCUGUCGAAUACUGUCACCAUGAAGGACCACGCUUCCUUUCGUCAAAUUAAAUUACAUCGGAUCAGGAUAAAUUGGAGACGGUCCACGAGGUGCCUGGAAGUUCACCCUUUUGCUCGCGGGCAUCCUCUUGAAGAGCUUUGCGUUUCCGCUCCUGUAGGGAUUUGACAGACGACAGCUCUGUCCCUGUGCCAGGUACAGCCUCACAGAGGUGUCCUGCAGUGGCCUCUCGGGCGAAAGGAGCGGUCCUCCUCCCCAGUCUUCUCGUGGGAACUUUGCGCCCUGCCCGGUGCUGACGUCUUGUAGACGCACAGUGCGUGGAGGGCAGAGGGCGCCCAGCUCCACGGUGCCCCCGCCGCCCUGGAGUUCCUGCGAGCACCUGCAGCCUGGCACGGACUUCCGGCGGGUGUGUUUUUAUUCCGCCUUUCCUACCCGGUCUCCAGGAUUUUUACCACAGACGACGGUUUCCUUUGUAUGUAGUGGAAGUUCCUCUUUGUAGGGACUGUCAGGUCAAGACAUUUAACAGGCUCUUUUGACUUACAUUUUCUUUUUUCCUUGUUUUGUUUUUUGGGGUUUUCUGCUUUAAAACAUAUACCACUAUACCUAUAUAUAUACAUAUAUCCAGUUAACUGAGGGAAUUUUGCAACUCUCUUAAUAAAAAGCUGCAUUAAGUUCAUGGUUUUAUAGAAAUUAGCUUUUGUUUAGGCAACUAGUGGUUACACUGUGCAGAUAUUGUCAUGAAUUUUUACUUUUCUGAUUUUUGUAAUAAAAACUGGUGACGGUAGAGGAAAUGGCGGUGACAUACCCGUGUUCUCAGCGUGUCACUAACGUCUGUUUUUAAACUGUCCUUUUCAAACUGAAUAAAAAACUCACACUGGG